UCCAAUAGUUUUCUUGUUAGUUCGCCGUAUUGUGAACUUUGUUUUUCCAGUUUUCCGUGUUGUUCCAGUUUUUCGUGUUGUGCCAGUUGUUCGUAUUGUUCCAGUUUUUCCUGUUUUGUUCCAGUUUUUUGUGUUUUGUUCAAGUUUUUUGUUCUUUAACUUUUUAUCUCUGUUUUUCGUAUUCCUUUGUUUAACAAUGCUUUACACAAACGAAGAGGCGUUUGACAUAAUAGGUACUUAUUUUGAAUGUAUGAGAAAUGCCACAGUUGCUGCAAGGGUGUAUGCGCAUCAGUAUCCUGAUAGACGCCAUCCUACUGCAAAAGUUUUUCUUCGGAUCAUACCAGUGUUGCGCUACCUUCCAGAAAGACCGUCACAAGUCCGAAAAAUCGAUUUUUCGGUUUUCCACGAAAAUCGAUUCAGCAGAAGUUGCUUCUAUUACAAAAAAUAUCGCAUCAAGCUAAUUUCGACGAAUAGCCGCUUGGCGGCGCAUGUGGUCAGUGUACGAAGUGAGAACCUUUCAGGUUUUAACAGGCAAGAGCGUAUCAAUUCAGUUGUGCCUGGUCAGUUGCAGUCGUCACCUGUAUUUAUUCAGUUAAGAGCAUCACAACAUAAAAGUGACAAGUGUUUUUUAAAAUAUUUGUGGGAAAGACCGUCCUAUAUAAGUUUAGGUCGAUUUUCUGUGAAAAGUUCUAAGAUGUCCCGAAGAACUUCUAUGAUAUUGAAGCUUGCCAAAAAAAAAUUACAAGUUCAUAACAUAGAGCAACCAUCCUGGGAAAUUCAAAAUUGCUUAAUUGAAACAGAAAAUGAAGGAAGUAGCAAAGAUACUUCUGAUUCUAUGCUUGAAGAAACUGGCGAUUUAAAAGAACAGUCUCCAGAGCCAAGUACAUUAUCUGCAGUUCACGACGUGCUCGCAGUGAGUUGCAGAAAUGUUCUAAUAUCGAGUUUGGAGACUGAAGAGAAAGAAAAUACCAAGGCUAGUUCCUCCAGUAGUUUAAGUCCUUCUAGUAGUUUUAAUUCAAGAAAACAUACCACAGUCGAAAAAUCUUGCCCCAAAGUCGAAAAAUCCCAACCCAAGCCAGAAGAACAGGUCGUGGUAGCAGAAUUAUGUGUAGAAGCUGCUAAAGGAGGAAGUUAAAAAUGAAAUUCCUGAAACCAAAAAAAAG